AUGCGCAAUCUUAGGAAUACUCGAUUUGAGCAAUGGACUCCUCCACCUCAGUUCGAAGGAAGAUCUUUGACGGGUGCGACUUGGGAUCUUGCCAAUGACUCUAUCUUGUGCACUUUUGGACCAACCGAAAGUAACGCACUUAUAGAGCUUGUGAGGGUCGUAACAAAACCAGAAUCACAAGAAUUUACCGUCAUUACAUCUUGGGACGCACCAUGUCCAAAUCCAGAACUCGCUUGUGACCAGGUCCUCAGUCUUCAUUAUUUCGGGGACAGCUUGACAGCAUGUCUCGUCUUGGCCGGCGGAGAUAUCGUCGUUGUGAGAGAGGAGCCUAUGCCAGGCGAGGAUCGGAUUGAGAUAGUGGGGUCAGUUGAUGCUGGUAUUACAGCUGCAAAAUGGGCACCUGACGAGGAGCUGCUUGCUAUCACUACGAAUGCAGAUACUGUUGUCUUCAUGAGCCGAAGCUUUGAAGGAAUUACCGAUGUCACCAUGAGUUCGGAGGAUCUCAAAGCGUCGAAUCACGUUUCUGUUGGUUGGGGUAAAAAAGAGACUCAGUUUCAGGGCAGAGGAGCCAAGGCGUUGCGAGAUCCUACGAUGCCAGAAAAAGUUGAUGAGGGUGUACUGAGUCCCAAUGACGACUCGAGAGCCGCCAUCAGUUGGAGAGGAGAUGGCGCUUAUCUUGCUAUUUCAACCAUUGAAGGCAACUCGAGACGACUAAUUCGAGUAUACUCUCGAGAAGGAGUUCUCGAUAGCGUCAGUGAGCCAGUUGAUGGUUUGGAGGGUGCUUUGAGUUGGAGACCUGUCGGAAAUCUCAUUGCUGGAAUCCAACGUCUCGAGAGCCGUAUUGAUGUUGUCUUCUUUGAAAGAAAUGGUUUACGGCACGGUCAAUUCAGCCUUCGACUUAACCCUGAGCAAAUGCAGUUACCUGGACAGCAUAUUAAUUUGUCCUGGAAUUCUGAUUCGACGGUAUUAGCAGUCGUAAUGGCUGACUGCACUCAAUUAUGGACAAUGGGUAACUACCAUUGGUAUUUGAAGCAGGAGAUUAAGAAUAGCCAGACUGGUUUGCUACCCACGGCUCCUUUGGUAUGGCAUCCGGAAAAGCCUUUGCAGCUUAUGACUGUAGCUUUAGAUUCUGUCAAUGUAGCGGAAUACAUUUUCACUAUUGCUCGUAGUUCGACAGCACCUCCUCAUGACUUCGGAGUUGUAGCUGUCAUAGAUGGCCAAUCUCUCAAAGUUACCCCUUUGCGAACUGCCAAUAUACCACCGCCAAUGUCUUUACAUGAAUUGACAGUGCAAUCAAAUGUUCUCGAUGUUGCUUUCAAUGCUGAUGCCUCAUUAAUUGCUGUUUUGCAUCAGCAAGGUAUCUCGAUAUUCGAAUCAAAGGGCACCGAGGCCUCCUCUGACACUCCCUUACUUACUGGACGAAUUACCUUCGAUAAGACAGAAUCCAAUGAUACUGUGUAUCAGCAAAUAUCCUUUGCAGACAGCAAUGAUGUUUUAGUAUCGAUGCCAAACAGCUCGAGAUCAACAGUCAAACGAUAUGGUAUCAAUGAGGAAAGUGGUAGAAUGGAAGACGUCCCUCCUGGCCCUAGGACGGACACAAUCAUCCACACUUUAUCGAGCUUUUAUCAAGAUGGGUUGAAUAACCCAUUCGUGCAAGGGAGCUCGGGUGAUAUGCACAGCCUGGCAUUUGGAGAGCAUAGCCUCUCACAUUGCAACUUCCCUAUGUAUCUCCCUUGGGUCGAUAUAGUACCUUAUGGGGAUGACCAAAUUGCCUUUGGUAUGUCUGUUAAUGGCCACCUAUAUGCAAACUCUCGUUUGUUGGUCAAGAAUUGCACAUCUUUCCUCACUACGCCAGCUCACCUCAUAUUUACGACUACUACUCAUCUAAUCAAAUUUGUGCACAUCACGAACGUCAAUGAUCUCGAAGUUCCUCCAGAUGAUCCGGAGAAGGACGAACGGUGUAGAAGCGUGGAGCGUGGAGCUCGGCUUGUCACGGCAAUGCCUACUUCUCUAAGUCUUGUCCUGCAAAUGCCCAGAGGAAACCUGGAGACGAUCUUUCCUCGAGCAAUGGUUCUUGCCGGUAUUCGAAAGCUCAUAGACGAGAAAAAUUACCGAAGAGCUUUUACUCAUUGCCGAACACAACGAGUCGAUAUGAACAUUCUAUACGAUCAUGCGCCGGAACAGUUCUUAGCCAACGUCGCUUUGUUCAUUGAUCAAGUCAAGAAAGUCACAUAUAUUGACCUCUUUCUCUCGUCCCUAAGAGAUGAAGAUGUCACUCAACUUAUGUAUAAAGAGACUCGAGUGGCUUCAGAACUUGAAACCCUUCCUGAUGUUAAUGCGACCAAUGGAGUUGUAUCUCAUGAAUCAGGUCCUGUUAGGGCUUCAAAGGUCAACAGGAUUUGUGAUGCCGUUCUUGAAGUCUUGAAAACUCGAACUGCCACAAACCUGCAAAACAUAAUAACUGCCAACGUCUGCAAAUCACCCCCCGCGCUUGACGACGGCCUCUUAGUCGUAGCCCAACUUAUGAAGACGGACGAAACGAUGGCCGACAAAGCCGUAGAACACAUCUGCUUCCUCGCCGAUAUCAACAAGCUCUACGACAACGCCCUUGGUCUUUAUGACCUUGCUCUCGCCUUGCUGGUUGCUCAGCAAUCGCAAAAAGACCCCCGCGAAUACCUCCCAUUUAUGCAAAACCUCUCCGAAAUGCCCGAACUCCGCCGCCGCUUCGCCAUCGACGACCACCUAGGCCGCCACUCCAAAGCACUCACACAUCUACAUUCUCUCGAUGCUUUUCCAGAACUCCAAGCAUACACACAAAAGUACGCGCUAUACCAAGCAGCACUAUCUCUCUACCGCUACAACCCGUCCCGCCACGCCCUGCUCACAAACCUCUACGCCCAGCACCUAGAAUCAAAAUCCCAAUUCAAAGAAGCAGGACUAGCCUACGAAUCUCUCCAAAACUACACCUCCGCAACAUCCUGCUACCUAUCCUCCGGCCCCUCCUCAUGGCGCGAAACCCUCUUCUGCGCCUUAUCCCAAACUCCCGCCAUCGCCCCAGCAGCACUCACCGACCUCGCUACCACGCUCUCAGAAGCCUUGGUCGAUUCCAAAGAUUAUUUCGCAGCGGCCACUAUACAAAUGGACUACCUAUCGUCCAUUGACCAGGCAGCACGGCUCUACUGCAAAGGCUACUUCUUCGCCUCCGCCCUGCAUCUCGUGGCACUGAAACGGCGCCCUGAGCUCCUCGAACAGAUCAUCGACCCGGGCCUCGCAAACGCCCUCGCAUCGUCCACGGAACUGCUCGCGGAAUGCCGCGCACAGCUGCUGGCGCAAGUCCCGCGGAUCCGGGAACUGCGGGAAAAAGCACGUCUGGACCCGCUGGCGUUCUAUGAGGGUGAGCGGACAGGGAAUGAUGGUGAUGUGCCGGACGAUGUCAGUGUGGCCGCGUCGUCGCAUCUGAGUACGAAUCGCAGUAUGUAUACGCGGUAUACGGGUAAGCAGAGUAUCGGGACGGCGGGCACGGGGGUAUCGCGCGCGACGAGCAAGAAUCGGCGGCGGGAGGAGCGGAAGCGGGCUAGGGGGAAGAAGGGUAGCGUGUAUGAGGAGGAGUAUCUGGUUGCGUCGGUGGGAAGGCUUAUUGAGCGGGUGCAGAGUGUGAGGGGGGAGGUGGGGCGUUUGGUGGAGGGUCUGGUUCGGAGGGGCAUGUGGGAGAGGGCGAGGGCGGUGGAGGGGAGUAUGGGGGGAGGUGGCGGGGAUGUGUGGUGCUUGUGUGGUGGAGGUGUUUGGGGGGUAGUGGGGAGGAGGAGACGAGUGUGGGGUGAUGAGGGUGGUGGUGGUGGAGGAGAUGGUUAUAGACCUAUUGGUGGUUAUGCUGUGCUUGCGGAGAGUAUUGAGGCUACGGGCAGAAAGAAGGAGAUGCCGGUUGUGAAGGCGUUUGAGAAGUUGAGUCUGCUUGGUAGUACGUAG